CCUGCCUUCUCUCAACACACCAACCUCCAGGGACCUCCUCAUGGUCAGCUGUCCAGAAGUUUUCUGCACACUGUCAUUUUGGGGUCUGUUUUAUUCAGCCCCCAAAAUACCUGACCAAAAAUAAUUUUAGAGGAGGAAAAGUUUAUUUUGGGGCACAUGGCUUCAGAGGUCUCAGUUCUUAGAUGGCCUAUUGUAUCAUCUCAGGGCCUGAGAUGAGGUAGAACAUCAGGGCAGAAGUGAGUGGCAGAGGAAUACAUCUGGGAACAUGGCACCAGGAAGCAGAGACUGAUUCUAUCUUCCAGGGACAAAUAUAUACCCCAAAUGCAUGCCCCCAAUGACCUUCCCACCUUCAGUUAUGACUCAAUUCAUCCUUAUCAGGGGAUUAAUUCACUGAUUGGGUUAAGACUCUUAUAACCCAAUCAUUCCACCUCUAAACCUUCUUGCUUUGUCUCACAUAGGAAAUUUGGGGAGAAACCUCACAUCUGAACCAUAACAGAACCUUAUGGAAGUUUCAUUACAUAAUUAUGAUAAAUUAAACCAUUGACCACUGGCUAGCAACUCCCACUCUAGCCCCUGUCCCCUCCUAGUUCUGUCUCAUGACAGGGCCAAGAAGUAAUGACACCACAGUAGCCAAUAAACACACCCAGAACCCCAAUUUUGGUUUCUAAAUACCAUUCUCUAAUAAGAAGAGUUAGGACUGCUGAGAUCACGUCCACCCAGCGAGUACAGUCCCCUCGCCGUUCCACCGCUGCCGGUCCACACUGGCCACGGAUUUUGCCAUGGAAGACUACAUCGAUAUCGCCGCGCUCGUCCUUGACAAUGGCUCAGGCGUGUGCAAGGCCGGCUUCGCGGGUGAGGACGCCCCCCGGGUCGUCUUCCCCUCCAUUGUCGGGCGCCCCCGGCACCAUGGCAUGUUGAUGGGCAUAGGCCAGAAGGAUUCCUACGUGGGUGAUGAGGCCCAGAGCAAGAGAGGCAUCCUGACCCUCAAGUACCCCAUUGAGCAUGGUGUCGUCACCAACUGGGAUGACAUGGAGAAAAUCUGGCACCACACCUUCUACCAUGAGCUGCGCGUGGCCCCCGAGGAGCACCCUGUGCUGCUGACCGAGGCCCCACUGAACCCCAAGUCCAACCGUGAAAAGAUGGCCCAGAUCAUGUUCGAGAGCUUCGGCACCCCGGCCCUGUACGUGGCUCUCCAGGCCGUGCUGUCCCUCUACGCCUCUGGCCGCACCACCAGCAUUGUGAUGGACUCUGGCGACGGGGUCACCCACACAGUGCCCAUCUAUGAGGGGUAUGCCCUCACCCACGCCAUCUUGCGCCUGGACCUGGCCGGCUGGAACCUCACGGGCUACCUCAUGAAGAUCUUGACCGAGCGUGGCUACAGCUUCACCACCACAGCCGAGCGCGAAAUCGUGCGCGACAUCAAGGAGAAGCUGUGCUACGUGGCCUUGGACUUCAAGCAGGAGAUGUCCACGGCGGCCACCAGCUCCUCCCUGGAGAAGAGCUACGAGCUGCCCGACGGCCAGGUGAUCACCAUCGGCAGUGAACGGUUCCGCUGCCCAGAGGCGCUCUUCCAGCCUUGCUUCCUGGGCCUGGAAUCCUGCGGCAUCCACGAGACCACCUUCAACUCCAUCCUGAAGUGUGACGUCGACCUUCGCAAGGACCUCUACGCCAACACAGUGCUGUCCGGGGGCACCACCAUGUACCCAGGCCUUGCCGACAGGAUGCACAAGGAGAUCUCGGCCCUGGCGCCCAGCACCGUGAAGAUCAAGAUCGUGGCUCCCCCCGAGCGCAAGUACUCCGUGUGGAUCGGCGGCUCCAUCCUGGCGUCACUGUCCACCUUCCAGCAAAUAUGGAUCAGCAAACAGGAGUACGCCGAGGCCGGCCCCUCCAUUGUCCACCAUAAAUGCUUCUAAGGCAGACUGUUACUUUGCUUUUCUGGACAAAAACCUAACUUGCUCAGAAAACAAGAUGAGAUGGGUAUGGCUGUGUUUGUUCUCUUUUUUUUUGUUUUGAUUUUUACUUUGUUUUGUUUUGUUUUGGCCGCAUUGGACUCGGAUUUAAAAACUGGAGCGGGAAACCGUACAGGAAGGUGACAGCAUUGCUUUUAUGUAAAUUAUGAAAUAUGAUCUUUUAAAAGUCUUGCCUUAAUA